UUAUAUAUUAUUUGAUAAUUUAAAAUUGUAAUAAUUGUAAUUACAAUAGAUAAUAUAGGCUUACUCAAAUUUGAUAACACCCAGCAGAUAUGGAUUUUGAAAGUAUUGGAACAGCUGACAUGAGUUUGUUAGAACAAAAAAGUAAAAUGGUUGUUGCAACUGCAAGCGGAAGUGCUCUGUACCAAUAUCUAGCAUGUUUUUCUGCUAUAUUAGCACCAGUAUCCAGCGGUUUUCACUAUGGUUGGCCGUCACCAACAUUACCCAGACUCUUAGCCGAGGACUCACUUAUUCCCAUAAACGAAGAUCAAGGGUUUUGGCUUGCCACCAUGCCAUUAUUUGGUGGUUUUGUUGGUUCAUUUACAAAUCCGUUGCUAGUGGACAAAAUAGGAAGACACAAAAUGAUAUUAUUAACAUCAGGACCUUAUCUAAUGGCGUGGAUUAUGAUAUACUUUGCAAGAAAUGUCCCUAUGAUGUAUAUUGCCAGAUUCAUCGCUGGAAUAUCAGAUGGUUGGAGCUUCUCUUCUGUUCCAAUGUACACUGGAGAGGUAUCAGAUGCAAAUAAAAGAGGCAUGUUUGCCUCGUGGACCAGUAUUUCAUUCAUUUUUGGAAUUUUAGGAGUAAACUUCGUUGGAUCCUAUCUGAGUAUACAACACACCGCAAUUGUAGGCGGCGCUAUACCUGUACUAUUGAUUUUAACGUUCAUGUGGAUGCCCGAGUCUCCUUAUUAUUACAUAGUCAAGAAUAAUUUAGAAGGUGCCAGGAGAAGCCUCAAAAUUUUAAGAGGAUUAAGUGACGUUGACGUUGAAACAGAACUGAACAGAAUAGAUAAAGCAGUCAAGGCCGACCUUACAAAAGCGCGCAUAAAUCCGCUACAUCUAUUCACACUAAAGAGAAAUCGAAAAGCUGUGCUCAUAAUGAUGUUAUGCCGAGGAACACAACAGUUUUCUGGUAACUCAGCGAUAUCUUUCUAUGCUCAGAACAUAUUUAACACUUCCGGAGAUUUUAUGUCUGCUAAACUUGCUUCCAAUCUGUUCUUCCUAACGCAGUUAGUAGUUACAAUACUAGCAUCUACCGUCGUUGAUAAAAUCGGAAGAAGGCCCUUGAUAUUGAUAUCUGUAGCUGGAGUAGGAAUAACUUUAAUGGUAGAGGGAAUAUACUUCUACUUACAAACGGUAAUAGAUGUUAGCAGUUUCGCGAUGGUUCCAGUCAUUGCUCUCUUGGUGUACAUUAUCUUCUUCAGUAUCGGUCUCCAAGGUAUUCCUAUCAUCAUUUUAAGCGAAGUGUUUAACGCUGAUAUUAAAUCAAUUGCUCUGGGCUUUGCUGAGAUUUACUUUGCUAUUAUUGCCACUGCCACGUCAAAGUUCUUUCAAGUUACCAGAGAUCACUACGGUAUGCAUGUACCGUUUAUUUCCUUCUCUACCAUUUGUGCCAUUGCUGUUGUUUUAAUAUUCAUUAUGGUUCCUGAAACGAAAGGAAAGACCUUGGAGGAGAUCCAAGAUUAUUUUAAGGGAGUCAAACAUACCAAAUCGACAAGGGAAUGUAGUAAUAGUUAAAAUUGUGUUAUGGCGAACAAAUUAUUGUGUUCAAGUCAACUUCUUGUUCUUUAUAGAAGUUACAAGAUAGGUUACAUUUUUUUGUAUUUGCCUUUGUAUUCUAACCUAUUUUGGCACUGCUGAUUGCAAAGAACACUUUUCUAUCUAUCUAUCUAUAAGCGAGGUUCCUACAACCUCUGCCGCUCCUCGCAUUUCAACCACCAUUGUUUUCUGUUCAUCCAUUCGUCUUUUUUUAAGGCUCUAUCUCUCAUUAUGUGCCAUACAUUUUCUUCCCAGGCAACUGAAGGUUUUUCCCUUCUUCUUCUUUGUUGCGGUAUGUAAUUUAAAGCUAUUUUUGCCCAUCUAUCUUCAUUCAUUCAGUUUACGUGACCACAACACACUUGUUGUGUCGUUUCAAUUCUAUCUAUACUGGAAUAUACAGUAUUUGUCCUCCUUAUAAUAUCUUCAUUCCUGAUGUGAUUUUUUGGAUAUACCACACGCUCUCUUUAGAUAAUCCAUUACUACUUACCAUAAAUCAUAAUAGGCCCUACCAAGGUUCGAUAGAUUGUCUACUUUGUUGUUUGUCUAAUGUCUUUAGACCAGGGGUGGGCAAAUACUUUUAAACGCGGGCCAAAAUGAAAUUUUCAAAAUGUCUCCCGGGCCGGAGACCUAUAUCCAGUAUGUACGCUGCGCACACGCUAAUGUUUUUGGUGGAGGUUUUUCUCCGUCCAAGAAAGUUUUUUGACAUAAAUACUGUAUCAUUUUAAAGCAUUUGGACAAAUACAUUUGACUGUUAAUAAAUAAUAGUAAUAAUCAAUUGUCGUACUUGUGUGUACAUGAGAACAAUUUGUUCUCAGUAAAAUUACGAAAUUUUUAAUAUGGUCCAUUAUAUUACGCCUUAACAGGGAUCCAGAUAAAAAAUUAAAUUCAGAAAUUCAACAGAAGCCUUUUUGAAGAUGAGGAAAUUUCUGAGCAACCAAAAAUUCAAUAUACAAAUCUGAUAUCGCAUGGUAAAAUGUUAGGUCAAGUCAAUCAUCAUAGUCGAAAUUCAAAGGUGUCAACUGAUAUAGUAUAGUCAUGUAGAAAAAAUGGACGACGACAGGAUGCCAAAACAAAUUUUAAAAUGAACGCCACGGAAAAAAGGAAGAGAGGAAAGCCGAAACAAUCCUGGCUGGGUGGCAUUCAGAAGACAGUGUUCGGAAAGGAACGUUCACCCUGGCGACUGCAACGACGGACGAAGCUGGAAACUGGGAACAGGAAGGCGGAGAACCCUAUAAAAAACCGGGAUGAUAAUAAAAAUGUUAUGUCUACUCUAUUCUUCUUUAUUGGAUUGUUAAUGCUGACUUAGUGAGAAAGCUGGAAGCUUUUAAGAUGUGGCUUUUUAGGAGAAUUUUGGAAAUACCAUGGACCAAUCAUGUUACGAACAAAAUGGUGUUGCACAGAAUGGAAAAGGAACAGAGAACUUUGACCAUCAUUAAAGGGAGAAGGACAGCAAGGAGAAAAGGAAAAUACUAAUAAAUGAUAAGUACGUUGUUGUAAGUUGUUGCAGCAGCUGAUUAUGAAGGGUAAAAUCGAAGGAAAAGGGUCCUUGUAGACGACAAACACCCUGGCCGAAAAAUAUUCGAGCCUGGACCGGGUUAAACACACAGACGCUUUUAAGAAAAGCAGAAGAUAGAGAUUCAUUAUUUAUAUGAACACUACAAACACUAAUACAGUUGAUUUCAAGAAAAUUGCAUAAAAGAGAUUAAGAGCGCAGGCGCAAAAUUUCAGACCAAUGCUUUUUAAAUGCAUUUAUUUUUUUCGAAUCGUGAGAAAACUAAUAAAUAUUUUUGAAAAAUUUAAACGCAGAGGGAAAGAUUACAUUAUUACCGAGGGCCAAAAGUCCCUUAGAAUAAACAAAAAGUUUCUUUGGAAUGAGAUAUUUGAAAUUAAAAAUCACACUAAUUUUUUUCCCUUUUGUCCACUCCUGCGACUUACUAAAAUAAGCAUUGUAGAAGUUUUCAGGGACUUUCGACCCUCGGCAGUAUAAUUUUCUCAGGAUUCGAAAAAAAUUAAUGCAUUUAAAAAGCAUUGCGCCUAUGCUCUUAAAAAAAGCUUGCGGGAUUUUUUAACGGGCCGGAUAAAGUAAGCAAAAGGGCCGGAUCCGGCCCGCGGGCCGCCUUUUGCCCACCCCUGCUUUAGACCAUAGUAGAGAGCUUAGAAUAUUUACAGUUUUUUCCCUGCUGCGGUCUGUUUUCGAUGUCUCUUUUAGUAGAACACUUUUCAAUUUAUCAAAAAUACUUCUAACAAGAAUUUUGUUAAAGGAAUGCCAAACAAUUCCUUUUGAGACCGUACUCCCAAUCAAUGUACUAUUUUUUUCUAGUGGUUUAGCGUCUAUCAUUUUUUUGUUUAUACAUAUUAUAGUACGUUCUUUAAAGGUAAAAUAUUGCAAAACCUCUAAAUUUUAAAGAACUGCUUGGAUUGACAUGAAAUUUGGCAUACACAUAGCUAACAAGUCAAAGAAAAAAAGUGAUACUGUGCCGAUGUGUACUUUUGCCCUCCCUUUUGCGGGUGAAAAAUAUAUGUUCCAAAUAAGUCCGGAAAUGGAUAAAAUGACUAAUUCUAAGUAACUUUUGUUCUAUACAGUUUUAUCACCAAGUUAAUAAUUUUCGAGUUAUUUGCGAGUGAAUAUGUUAAUUUUUUGACAAAAUAACCACGUUUUCAGACGGUUUUUCGCAAAUAACUCAAAAAGUAAAUAUUUGGUCGAAAGAAAAUUCUUAUCAAAAAUAUAGCACGUAAAAAAGUAAAAAAUAGGAUGUAUAUAUUAGGUAACUAUACGUAGCAGAAGCAGAGUUAUAGCUAAUUAAAAGUAGGUUCAUAUUUGCUCAAAAUAAAGUUAUUCCCUUCUUUUGGUAAGAAAUCCGGAAAUACACCCCCUAAUUAGCAUUUAAAAUGAACUUAAUUGUUACCUCUUCACAAGUUUUUUACUCGCGUAUGUAUUGAUCAUAUGAUCUGUAAGUUUCAUCGGUUCAAAGUCCUUAUUUUUGAAAAAGCUGUAGUUAAAAGGGGUAUAGGUCCAGUCUUAAGAAAUUCUUUUGAGGUAUGUUGUGUAUUAGAGAAACAUUUUCCGGAAUGUUAAGAGUAUGACUGUUUUGUUUUAAAUGUUGAGAAAAGGUGGAGGUGUUCUCUCUUUUUGUGUGUUCAAGGGAACGAGAUGCUAGUGACCUACAAGUUCUUCCUAUGUACGUAGCAUCACAGUCAGAGCAUUGAAGUUUAUAAACCCCACUACGAUUCAUGUAGUUGAUAGGGUCUUUGGAGUUGGAAAGACAUUGUCCUAAAUUAUUGGAAACUUUAAAAGAGAUGUGUAUGUUGUCAACUGAUCUCUUGAUAAUAUUACUGAUAUCACCGGAAAGGCUCUCUUGAUGGAAAGGUAAUGAAGCAUAAAUGGGUCUGGUGGUCAGAUCCCUGGGAAACGCAGCCUCCCUCAGAACCCUCAGUUGUCUCUUAUGAAGGAGUUUGGUUAUAAGGUUUGGUUCGUAACCGUUAUUGAAAGCAAUUUGUUUGAUAGUGUUGAGUUCUUUAGUGUAGUUAGAUUGAGAUAGGGGGAUGGUUUCUAGACGGUGUAUGUAACUGUGGAAGGCAGAGUAUUUAUGUGACAUUGGAUGGUUUGAAGACAAGGGUAUGACAUGAUCAGUCUGUGUUGGUUUCCUAUAAAUACUAAAAUCGAAGUGGUCAUUCAAUCUGGUGAUGGUGAGGUCGAGAAAGUUAAUUGAAUUGGAUGAUUCAAGUUCCAUAGUGAACUUAAUGUUGGGGUGGAUUUGAUUAAUUUUAGAAAGCAAUAGCUCAGCUGAUGUGGAGGGUCCUGUUAAGAAAACUAGACAAUCAUCUACGUAUCGAUACCAGUGUAGAAUUUCAGGAUUUUUCAUUCUGUGUGGAUUCAAGCUACACACUCAGUGGGAUAUGUUUAAAACAAGCUACGAUAUAGUCCUGUCGCCAGGGGGGGGGGGUACAACGGCCUCCUGUAUUCAGAUGGACUUACCCAAGUUUUUUUUAUGUAUUUUUACCCGUAGAACACGAAUUUUUUGGGUAACAGUUGAGCCGGAUGUCGAUAAGAUUGUUAUAAACAAAGAAGUUGAGGAAUUACAUAACAGCGAUUUCUCGCAAAACAAAACAUGUUUUUGUAUUUUUUGGGCCAUUCUAAACAAAAAGUGUUCCUACCAAUUUUUUCGUAGGAUGCAUAGUUUUUGAGAUAAACGCGGUGGAACUUUCAAAAAAUCGAAAAAUUGCAAUUUUUGUACCCAAAUAACUUUUGAUUAAAAAAUAAAAUAGCAAUUCUGCUUACCGCAUUUGAAAGUUCAAGUCAAAGUAUAUCGGUUUUAGUUAUUUGCAUUGCUAAAAAGUUAUUAUUUUAUUGUUAAACAAAAGUAUAAACACCUAGUGCUGGAGUGAUGUCCCAUUUAAAAUCGAACGAGUAAGUAGAGUAGGUACAAGUGCAAGCGAGGCUAUUUCUACGUAGCAUGCAUGUAAACGCAUGUAUUAGGCACGGGAAACACUAUGUGUUUAUAGCUUUUUUUAGCAAUAAACACAUAAAUUUUUAGCAAUGUAUAUAUUCGAAACCGAUAGAAUUUGACUUGAACUUUCAAAUACGGUAAGCAGAAUUGCUAUUUUAUUUUUUAAUCAAAAGUUAUUCGGGUUCAAAAAUAGCAAUUUUUCGAUUUUUUGAAAGUUCAACCGCGUGUAUCUCGAAAACUAUGCAUCCUACGAAAAAACUUGUAGGAACAUUUUUUGGUUAGAAUGGCCCAAAAAAUACAAAAACAUGUUUUGUUUUGCGAGAAAUCGCUGUUAUGUAAUUCCUCAACUUCUUUGUUUAUAACAAUCUUAUCGACAUCCGGAUCAACUGUUACCCAAAAAAUUCGUGUUCUACGGGCCAAAAUACAUAAUAAAAACUUGGGUAAGUCCAUCUGAAUACAGGAGGCCGUUGUACCCCCCUGGCGACAGGACUAAUACCAGAUGAUAAGAAAAUGACUAAAAUAAUACUCAUUGUAGAACUAUUUUUUUUAUUUUCAUAUUUAGGAGACAAUGAUGCUUAGGUAAUUAUGACCUAUUACUUGAUGGUUACAUUUGAUUUCUUUAAUGAUCAAAAUGUUUGUAUGUUUAUUUAUUUCUAACGAUGUGUUGAUAUUCAUACAGGUUGAGUUUUUAGUGAAACAUUGGUCGAAAAUUCCAUUAGAUACUGGCUACAGAAUAAACAAAAAAGUUAAUUUUGUAUAUAUACAGGGUGUCCUGUUUAAAAAAGUUUGUUUGCGUUAUGACGAAGUUAUUAAUCACUCUGUAGAAUUCGGCAUAUAAUCCAAGUCUGGAGAACAUCAUUGCCUACAUUUUUUCUAAAUCAAUUACCCAUUUUUUUCUAAAUAACUUAAAAACUCACUCUGUAUAUAGAACACUGAAAUAUACUGUAUAUAUUAUUAUUCUAGAUGUUUUAUCAUGUCUAUUACAAGAUUCUGUUGUUUUCGAGACAGUUUAUUUAUACAUUCUGCAUACUGUGAUACUAUUUAUAUAUGAAAAAUUAAUAUUGUAAGUACGAUAAGCAUUGACCUCACUGUACAUAAUUUAAAUAAUUUUUUAAAAACUAAAUAAAACUUUUUGUUAUUUAA